UGGAAGAGGCUGGCAGUUGAUAUCGCCGAUCCCUCCGGUGAAAGAAGAUACAACCAAAUGCACAUCAGGAGAUUUGAGGCAUUCGUACAAAUGGGAAAGAGCCCCACGUGUGAGUUACUUUAUGACUGGGGAACAACAAACUGUACAGUCGGUGACCUUGUGGAUCUGUUGAUCAGGAAUCAGUUCCUAGCACCAGCAGGCCUUUUGCUUCCAGAAGCUGUAAGGAUGGCACAAGAAGUUACAAUACCUCUUUCUUCACAGGAAACUUUGCCUAUACAUGAGAAACAACUGCCUAUAGGGAAAAAAGAGGUGGAGUCUGUAAAGCCUGUUUUAGCUCAAAGCACUGAGAAGCAACAUUCAGGUCCUCCUUCCUUAAGUCAAGAAAACAGCAGCUCAGAGUCUAGUAACACAGGUUUCCACAAGUUUUGGUUCCAUGACUUGGAGAGCGUCACAAACAACUUUGACGCGCGGCCGGAGUCGGCUGGAGGCAAUAAGCUGGGAGAAGGCGGCUUCGGCGUCGUGUUCAGAGGCUGCAUCGCGGGCAGGAACGUGGCAGUCAAGAAGCUUGUUGCCAUUGUUGAUGUUAGCGUUCAGGACUUGAAACAGCAGUUUGAUCAAGAAAUAAAAAUUAUGGCAAAGUGUCAGCAUGAGAAUCUAGUGGAAUUACUUGGUUUCUCAAGUGAUGGUGCACAGCCAUGUCUGGUGUAUGAGUACAUGCCCAACGGUUCAUUGCUUGACAGACUUGCUUGUCUGGAUAACACUCCACCAAUUCCUUGGAGUACAAGAUGUAAAAUUGUUCAAGGUACAGCAAAUGGGAUCAACUUUCUGCAUGAAAAUAAUCAUAUUCACAGAGAUAUUAAAAGUGCAAAUAUCUUAUUAACUGAUACGUAUAUGCCCAAAAUUUCUGACUUUGGACUUGCAAGAGCAUCUGUAACAUUCACACAAACAAUCAUGACUGAAAGAAUUGUUGGAACAGCAGCCUAUAUGGCACCUGAAGCUCUGCGAGGAGAGAUAACACCUAAAUCUGAUAUCUUCAGUUUUGGAGUAGUCUUACUAGAAAUAAUAACGGGUCUUCCUCCAGUGGAUGAAAACCGGGACCCACAAUUGCUGUUGGGUAUCAAAGAUGAAAUUGAGGAUGAGGAUGCAACUAUUGAGGAUUAUGUUGAUGAAAAGAUGAGUGACUGGGAUGUACCUUCAGUUCAUAAAAUGUAUUCAAUUGCUGAUCAGUGUCUGAAUGAGAAGAAAAACAGAAGGCCAGACAUAAAGACAGUGCAACAGCAUCUGCAAGAGAUAAAAACUUGA